AUGACUGAGGAAAUCUUCUCGAUAAAUUCCCGGACAAAUCAGGAUUUCAUUCCUGGAACCAUCAAUAUUUAUUCUUUCCACGCUGAACACGAUGCCACCAAAUUAAAGUUGACAAAAGACAACGUCAUCUUACAACCCCAACCAACGGAUUCCGUCAACGACCCGUUGAACUGGACACGGAGCAAAAAACUAUGGAACUUUGCCCUUUUGGCCUUCAUCACUGGUUUCACUGCUGCAACUUCCAACGAUGCUGGCCUGACCCAAGAUUCUUUGAAUGAGAUCUACGGCAUCUCGUACGAUGCCAUGAACACAGGUGCCGGUGUUUUAUUCGCAGCUAUUGGAUGGACAACAUUCUUGUUUACACCCAUGGCCAACUUGUACGGCCGGAAAAUCACAUACUUUGUGUGUAUUUUUGUUGGUCUUGUUGGUGCUGUAUGGUUCUCCCAGUCGAGGAGAACAAGCGAUACAAUCUGGUCUCAGAUGUUUGUGGGUGCUUCCGAAGCUUGCGCUGAGGCCCAUGUGCAACAGUCUCUUACCGAUAUGUACUUUCUGCAUCAGAUCGGUUCUGUUUUGACCGUUUAUAUGUUGGCCACGUCGGUCGGUACUUACUUGGGCCCAUUGAUUGGAGGUUUUAUUGACCAGUACUGCGGGUUCCGCUGGGUCGGAUGGAUUGCUGUAUUCAUCUCUGCUGGUUUGUUGAUCGUGAUUUUCUUUGGUAUGCACGAAACUUAUUUCGACCGUCUUGUUUAUCAGAAGACAGAACAAGACGCCCUCAUCGAUGACAGCUAUUACCAACAGAAACAGUUUGACGAAAAACUUCUCCUCGAGAAACAAUCGCACAGCAGGGUUAACAACUCGUCCGUUUCUUCUGAAAUGUCCCAGCACGACGAUGCCAAGUUGGAGUUAGCCAAGACGGAAAACAAUGGGGCUAACGAAACUAAAAAAGGCUAUUGGAAGUCUAUUGCAUUGAUCACACCUGCAGUGAAUAUAGUUGGAACAGGCUUCAAACAAUACGUUAAGCGGCUUUUGAUGUUGUUCAGAGUGUUCAUGUUUCCUCCUACCCUCUACUCGGGCCUUAUUUGGGGCAUUCAGGAUGCACUUUUGACCUUCUAUUUGACUGUGGAAGAUGACCAAUACUACGACCCACCUUGGAGCUACAGCGACACUGGAGUGGCAUUGAUGAAUGUGCCAUGUUUAAUUGGCUCAGUUAUCGGAUGUAUCUAUGCUGGUAUUUUUUCUGAUUGGUUUACCAUCUGGAUGGCCAAGAGAAACAACGGUAUCCAAGAGGCUGAAUUCCGUCUUUAUUUCCUUGCACUUCCAGCAAUUUUGUGUCCUAUCGGAUUGAUGCUUUUUGCAGUAGGAACUGAUCACCAAUGGCCGUGGUUCCCUACCUAUUUUGGCUUGGCUCUUAUUGGUUUCGGUUUUGGUUCCUCUGGUGAUGUUUCCAUGUCAUACUUGAUGGAUGCAUAUCCCGACAUGGUUAUUGAAAUGAUGGCCGGUGUGGCUGUCAUCAACAAUAUGAUUGGAUGCAUCUUCACUUUUGCCUGUUCGCCUUGGCUUGACGCUAUGGGAAACACCAAAACAUUUAUUAUCUUAUCGGUGAUAACAUUCGUGGCCAUGCUCGGUGGUAUUCCAUUCAUCUACUAUGGAAAAAGAAUUAGAAACUGGACCAAGCCUUGGUACCUUGAGUAUUGUGAGAUGAGAGACGGUAAGUUGUAA